CGGGGCAGCAAGGUCGAGAGCUUUUCCUCUCCGAAGCGUCGAGAAGAGAGGACAGGAGGAAGGAGUGCCUGGAGUAUAGCAAUUAAGGUCGCCGUAGACUCUGGUCAUUUAAAACCCUCACCCCACCCCCACUCCUAUACCUAAUUGAUCAGCAGACACAUCCUAAAAGAAGAAAUGAAUGAAAACAAAUGGACCAAGUUACCACAGUGGUGGAUUUGAAGUCCUGAGAAACUGCCAUUCCUUGCUGAGAUUAUUUACGCAGCAUGUCAUCAGACGAGGAGAAGUGCUCCCUUCUAGUGACGCAGAACGACUCCAACCGAGGCAGCUCAGUCUCUUCAGACCUGCAGGAAGAGUAUGAAGAACUGCUUCGUUAUGCUAUAGUGACUCCGAAUAUUGAAUCACGUGCUUCACAGCCAUCUCAUUCUAAGGGAGAAGUGAUGACAGAUGUUAGAUUUCCUACUAUAAUUGAUGAUAUUCUUCAUAAUCAAGUAGGAAAUAGCCCUGCAGAGAGAGAAGCAAGGAUGGAAGUUGGAAAAGGACAUGAUGUAAAUAUUAUAAAUCAUCCAAGGACAGAAGGGUCAUCACCAGUAUCAUCACCAAGGAAGUCCUCUCGCCCAGUCAUAGAUUUUUUCAGUUCGAAUCUUUUAGGUGACUCUUCCACAGCAGGGUCUAAUUCUAGUCCUGCAGGUGUUCAUGAACUAGCGGUGGGUGACCUUCUUGUUUCUGAGGAAAACCUUCAAAAGGUGGAAAGUGUACUGGAUCUUUGGAGUUCGGGCCUUAAGACAAACGUCAUAUCUGAGCUGACGAAAUGGAGACUAAAUUUUAUUGACUGGCAUCGUAUAGAAAUGAAAAAAGAGAAAGAGAAACAUGCGGCACAUUUAAAACAACUAUGCAACCAGAUCAACAGCUUGAAGGAGCUGCAAAAAGCCUAUGAAAUCUCUAUUGGGAGAAAAGAUGAGGUGAUUUCCAGCUUGUCUCAUGCCAUAGGCAAGCAAAAGGAAAGGAUAGAGUUGAUGAGAACAUUCUUCUACUGGAGAAUUGGCCAUGUCAAAUCCAGACAGGAUGUUUAUGAAGGUAAACUAGCUGACCAGCACUUCCAAAGAACUUUGCUGAAGAAAGUCUGGAGAGCCUGGCGUUCCACAGUGCAGAAGAAGUGGAAAGACGUGGUGGAGCGAGCUUGUCAAGCAAGAGCUGAAGAAGUUUGUGUCCAGAUUUCCAAUGAUUAUGAAGCCAAAGUUGCUAUGUUAUCUGGAGCUUUGGAAAAUGCAAAAGCUGAAAUCCAAAGAAUGCAGCAUGAAAAAGAGCAGUUUGAAGAUUCCAUGAAGAAAGCUUUCAUGCGGGGUGUUUGUGCAUUAAAUCUUGAAGCCAUGACAAUAUUUCAAAACAGAAAUGAUACAGGGGUAGACUUCACAAAUAAUAAAAAGGAAGAAUAUGGUCCCAGUGUUCAAGGAAAAGAACAUCCUGUUCAUUUGGAUUCUUCGGUACCCUCAGCAGUUGCACCAGCACCAUCCUCAUCAGCAGCCACUGUGGGAGUGACCAGCACUGCUGCAUUUCCCUCUGUGGCUUCCAUCACUUCCACCGGGGCUGCUUCCGCUUCCUACACCCACCUUCCUGUUUCCGCUCCUCUCGGUGCUGGACCUACAGCUCCUGCUGCACCGGAAGAAAUGAGGCUUCCUGCGGACACUCAAAACUUUUUCCAGUCUUCCUCAGUACAUCCACCAGCUAAAGGGAAGAGUGUGAUUUGGGAAACAAGUAACUGGAGAAAGGAGGAUAAUCAUUCUAGUGAACACGUACCCAGAGUUGUGACAUCUGCACAGCAGAAAGCUGGAAGGACAAUUACGGCCCGCAUCACAGGGAGAUGUGACUUCGCUUCAAAACACAGAAUUAGCAGCAGUUUAGCUAUAAUGGGAGUUUCUCCUCCCAUGAGCUCAGUUGUUGUGGAAAAACAUCAUCCAGUCACGGUGCAAACCAUUCCUCAAGCUGCUGCAGCAAAAUAUCCCCGGACUAUUCAUCCUGAAAGUACUACUUUGGCUUCCAGAUCUCUGGGAACCAGAUCAACUCAUACUCAGUCUCUCGCAAGCGUUCAUUCCAUCAAAGUGGUUGACUAAAAUGCAUAUGUUCAUAUUAGGAUCUUUUAUUUUAAGUCCUCUGGUUUUAUCAAGGAUUAGAAGUCGUUAGUUUUACAUUUUUCCAUCGUGGAUACAUGAUGCUCAUCUUUUCAAAAUCACAAGAGACUUUUUCAAGCCACACCAUCAUUUGUAACUAUAUGUAGGAUUAUUUUAAUGUUAUUUUUUAAUUUAAGCAAUUAAGUAAAACUUUUUUAAAUUAAAAAGAAAUUGGACUAUAUUUUUUAAUAGAUUCAGCCUGUGGCUGAUUAUAUCAUCAAAG